ACACGUCAGGUGCGUGUUAAGCCCCGCCCACCGCACCGCCACCUGGCUGGUCCACUCAGGUGAGGUCGGCACAACAAAGCAGAGCUCGUUAACUCAGCGAAGGAGCAAAUUAUCCCGCAUGAGGACGACAGGGGCCAUUGGAAGGGCUUCGUAAUGGAAAGGAGGCAUUUAAAGUCGAGGCGGUCAGAGUUUCUCUACCAGCAGCCCGCCAGCCUGGCUUCUCCGACCGAACCGACACCGAAAUCCUUCAUGACCGGAAUCUUGUCUGACGAGAAGAACCUUCUGGUGGCUCCGAACCGGGCUCAGCUUUCACUGCGAAAGAACGGGGUCUCCAACGGGGGAGCCAGCUUACAAAAUUCAUCCAGGAGCUCGGAUGGAGUUGCUUUUUUCACAAAGGUAAACGGAUCUGAUUUGGGCGGUCUCUCCUCAAAAGGUAUCCAAGCUCGGAAAACGUCCGAAAGGGUGGCCAUGUCCCCGUGUCCCGGUGCGGACCGGUUCGGUUCCGGUACACGUUUCCAGAGGCCGGCCUCAGGCUGUGAUCGCAGACAUUUACGGACUGUAGGUGCGCUGGCAGAUUGGCCUGACGGCUUGAAUCCACAGUACCAGUGCGCCGUCUCCGAGACGUCCCGCAGCACACCCACCCGAGCGUCCGCGCAUCAACCUGGGAAGUCCAGAAGCAACUCGCUCACUCAUCAGUCAGUGAGAACAAAGAAUCUGUCUGCAUCCAUGGCGGGACAGUACAGCUUUAGAAAUGGCCAGAAUCAGAAACACGGUUUUGUAAAACAUGACAGACAAACGGUACAGCGAAGGACAUCUGGGCGGCUCGGAACCACCCACAUAGACGGAGGUUUUGUCCAACUGGCUCCGAUAUCCCAGAGACGGGAAUCGGGCAACGCAGAGAGGUUCACCAACAGGCAGGCUCCAUCCCAUAAAAUAGGAGGAACAAUUUGUGACCUCUCGCCUAGGCAGUCAGCUCCAAAGCCUCCAGAGAUGACAAUUAAAAGGGCCGUAAAUCUUCUGGACAAGAUGAACGAGGAAGAGCUGAUCUGUGCUGCCGCAUACAUUCAGAACCAAUGUUGGAGAAAAGACGAAGCCAGAGUGGAGGUUCAGACGGAGAAUGGGGCUAGAAAGCUUGUACUGCUGCUCAAAAUCGACAACGAAGAGGUGCAGCGGGCCGCAGCAGGGGCCUUGCGUAAUGUCGUCUACAAGAACGGAGACAACAAGAAGGACGUGACGGACGAAGAUGGCCUUACCGUCAUCCUGAAGUUACUGAACGAGACGCAUGAUAAGGAGACCGUAUGCCAGCUUGCAGGUCUCUUGUGGAAUCUGUCUUCAGAUGAUACGAUCAAGAAGCGUUUUGAUGAAAAUUUCCCUCGUCUCCUCACCAAGGUGAUUUUGGUGCCAUUCUCUCACAUAAAUGGAGAGGCAGAAUCCAAACGUGAUUUGAUCGCCGAUCCCAACGCUUUCCUCUGCGCUACAGCCUGCCUACGGAAUCUGAGCUCUGACUGCAACCACAGGAGGAAUAUGAGGCGCUGUGAAAAUCUCAUUGACUCGCUGGUUUUUUAUACUACAGAGACUGCAACCCAACGCACACCUGAUGACGAGUGCACAAAAAACUGUGUCUGCAUCCUUCAAAACUUGACCUAUGAAGCUGAGGAAGACUGCAUCCCUCAGACCACCAAAAAUAAGGAAGAGACUCAACAAAAUGCGACUCCCAAAGAGACGACUUGCAGCUGUUUUCCUUAUCGCCGUGCCGACCUCGGAAAGGACCCAACGGACUCGGAGGAAGCAGAGAAAGGACGCCUCCUGCAGAGUAACGACGACCCGCAUGGAGCUCAGUGGCUGUGGAGCGGUCAGCUUGUCCGGGCGUAUCUGUCGCUGUUGGCCUGCAACAAAGACAAAAUGACGCUGGAGGCUGCCAUGGGGGCGCUGCAGAACCUCACGGUGGGAAAGGGAGAGAUCUCUGAGUACGUCGCCAGAAUUAUCAAGGAGCAAAACGGACCUGGGAAAAUUAAGACGCUCUUAAAAAACGACGUUAUGCUGAAGAAACCAGCCUUGCUGCUGAUCAGGAACCUCUCCCGCUUUCCAGACCUUCACGGCUCCAUCUUUGAUAAUUUGUUGUCGGCCAAAGACACAAAAACCUUUAUACAUUAUUUGGACAUCAGUGCAGAAGAAUCUGCUGAGCUGAUGCCGAUUCUGUGUGGGAUCCUCGUAAACUUGAGCAAGAACAGCGUGGAGACGGCCUCGUAUCUCAGCCGUCAUACGGACGUGAAUGAUAUGUUGCAGAAGAAAUACACAGGUAAAGCUGAACAGGCGGUGGAGGAGCUGAGGGACGCGUUGCCCCGUUGGAGUCUUCACAAACAUCUAGAAGAAGAUAAAACCAAAAUGCCCCAAAAUUCUCCUCAGCAAAUGCUACAAAAGGCUCUGAAGUCCUGCAACGGAGCUCAACAUCAGGAAAUCUGAUUCCAUAGUCAGCAAUAAAAUAUACAAAACACCAUUUUUUUUCCAUUAGGAGUUAUUUUUUUUAUUACAGUGCACAAAGAAAUAUGGGAUGAAAUGUUCAAAUUAUUUAUGCCUUUUUAAGUAGGAGACAGAGAUGAUAUCAAAGCACUUUUUAGGCAACCACAAUGAAGUAAAUAUUCCUAGCCACUGUCCAGUCCCUUAUGGAUUGAAGAAAUUUAGCAAACUUGAAUUCUUUGUGGCAAAGAUAAUGCCAGGCUUUUUUAAAAAAAGUAUGUUUUUUUAUAAAUGUAUAAAGGCAGCUCAACACCUGAUGAUAUUAAUUACUAAGCACUUUCUGUGACAAUGCUGCGAAGAAUAGCAGUAAAACAAAUUAAAUCAACAAAUGAUCUACAAUAGAAAAAAUUCUGUAGAUGGGAAGAAAUGUAAUUAUCGAAUACAUGAAGUGUAAAGUUUUCAAAAAUGUACUUUUAAUUGUAGCAAGAAAUCUUUUUUUUGUGUAAAUAAACAUUUAUUUCACAAAAUACA